CUGAAUCUUGUUCAACCCGGAAGUUAUCUCCAGAAGCGCCAAAACUUGAAAGUUUCCCUCCCGCGUUCACUCAAACAAUGCCGGCCACCUCAGACAUCUACAUCGGGCAGCAGCCCUCGGAGGACGGCGGGGAGAAAUCGGAGCAGCCACCCGCUGCAGAGGAGAGGAGGACGGGUGUUCUCUGCGAUGAGCGCGGGUACCUGGACCAGAUCCACUACAUCCUGCAGCACGGCCGGAGGAAGGGCGACCGGACCGGGACCGGAGUGGUGUCUGUGUUCGGUGCUCAGGGCAGAUACAGUCUGAGAGAUCAGUUUCCUUUGCUGACGACAAAGAAAGUUUUCUGGAAAGGGAUUCUUGAAGAGCUGCUGUGGUUUAUUAAGGGGUCAACCAACGCCAAGGAGCUCUCAGAGAAAGGGGUGAAGAUCUGGGAAGCCAACGGGUCUCGACAGUUCCUGGAUAAUCUCGGGUUCACGGAAAGAGAAGAGGGCGACCUGGGACCCGUGUACGGUUUCCAGUGGAGGCACUUUGGUGCAGAAUACACAAAUAUGCACGCAGAUUACACAGGUCAAGGUGUCGACCAGCUGCAGCAAGUCAUCGACACCAUCAAGACGAAUCCAGAAGACAGACGGAUCAUCAUGUGUGCAUGGAACCCUAAAGACCUGCCCCUCAUGGCUCUGCCCCCCUGCCACGCCCUCUGCCAGUUCUACGUGAUCGAUGGCGAGCUGUCGUGUCAGCUGUACCAGCGCUCGGGUGAUAUGGGUCUGGGCGUCCCUUUCAAUAUCGCCAGCUACGCACUUCUCACCUACAUGAUCGCUCACAUCACGGGACUGAAGCCUGGUGACUUUGUUCAUACGCUGGGAGACGCUCACAUUUACAUCAACCACAUCGAACCUCUCAAAAUACAGCUCCAGAGAGAUAUACGCCCGUUCCCCAAACUCAAGAUCCUGAGAAACGUGGAGAAAAUCGAUGAUUUCCGGGCCGAGGACUUUGAAAUCUGUGACUACAACCCUCAUCCCUCCAUCAAGAUGCAGAUGGCUGUGUAAUAAGCCUAAUGGAAAGACAAUUGGGGAUGAAUGUGGAGGGAAAACAUUUAUUACACUCUUCUGUAUUUAUGACUGUUAUUUUUAUUUCCAGGAUAAUAAUAAGAGGUUAUCAGCAUCACAAAAAGAUCUAAGAUAGAUAUGUUUUUUGCAUUUAGGUGAACUACACCUUUAAACUACAUUAAGUUCUUACAGUAGUUGGGAGAAAAACAAAUCUACACUUUGGAUUUUCUGCAGCUGAACUUUUAAUGUCCUGAAAUCCUCUAAACUGUUUUACUUGAAAAUAUGGUAAUAUGGUGAUUCAUGUAUUUCUAUCAAUAAAGAUGGUACAUUUGGA